GCCAGAAGCUUCGCAUUGCCUGUUCUGGUAACAUUCUUAAUUCGAAAGGUGUCACUAUCCUUCGAUCAAUUGAUCAAUCGGAUCCCCUUGAUGUCUAAUGAGCUUCCCACGUGGUCCCACAUAUGAUGUCAUUCUCUUUCGCGUCAAUUUUUCAAUAUGUAGUUGUCACCGGUGUCGCGUACGUGCUCAUCAUUGCUCCACUUACCAAGACGCUCUUUGGCAUUGGCCAGCAUUCCUAUGAUGGCCUUGAUGAUAACGUUGAUAUUUCCGCUUCUAAGUUAAGAAAUAUUGUUAUACCGGACCCGGCGCUUCAAUGCCCUGAACAUGGGUAUAAGACACGCAUUCUCGCGAGGAGCCCACUGGUCAUAUACAUCGAGAAUUUCUUGAGUGAGAAGGAGGUGGAGCACCUGAAAGAGCUUAGUGAGCCAUUCUACCACCUCUCCACGGUCACAACAUCCCCAACAAAUACAACAUACGAUCCCAGCAUCCGCCGGUCACACAAAGCCAAACCACCGCGAACGCAGAUUGUGAGAUGCAUCGAAGCCCGCUCCCGAGAGUUCCAAGGCCCGCACCCCUCAAUAUUCACCGAACAUCUUUGGACUCAAAAGUACCACCCCGGUGGCCACUAUCGUCACCACUACGACUAUGGCAGCGCAUCACGCCGCUCCGGGCGUGUUUCCAGUUUCAUGGUUUGGUUGCAAGCACCUGAACGAGGUGGAGGAACAGAGUUUCCCCGUUUGGAGCAUCCUUGUAGAGGAAGCAGGGAUAGUAUUGAACGGCGCGAGUGGUGUCGGUUCAUAGACUGUCCCGUAGAAGAGAGACAUGGGACAGGGCAAAGGGAACAGGAGGACAUCGGAGUAACAUUCAAGCCGAUCGCGCGUAAUGCCGUGUACUGGGAGAACUUCGAUGUUGACAUGGGCACACCGUACGAAGAAGUAUGGCACGCCGGGCUGCCCGUCGAUGAAGGUGUGAAGAUCGGAUUGAAUAUCUGGAGUUGGUUGCAACGUGGCUACAUACCCACAGACGCAGACCGAAUUGCCAUGGAAGACAACGAUCCAGCAGUAGAGCUAGCUAGAGAUGCAACGGAAAUGGUAAGUGGAGAGAAGGCUGAAUAG